AUGCAAGGCGUCUCAUCUGCGAUGUACUUACGAUACACCCCCCCAGUGUUCUACAAUUCCAACAGGAAGAGGAAUGCCGUCAGUAUAAAUUGGGAUCAAUCACAGACCCCGUCUGCGCUGCUUUCUCUGGAUGACAGCCUGUUCGCGGAUCUGCUGUCCUCGUGGGAUGACGAGCUACCCGAAUUAGCAGGACUAGAUGAUCAAAUCUGGACUUUUCCUCCUGAACACCCACCAUCAAAUCCACAGCUAUCAGCUCCAAGUCCAAGCAGGUUACCAGUCCAUAUUGAUUCGGAAGAGACCGUCCCGUGCUCGGCAUCUGGGCAGCGCUUAUUGACAGAAAAUCUCCCAGAACCACCCAAUAAACGACCCCGAACGGAGGAAAUCCCGACACAUCUCUUAGGCCAGCAUUAUUCUAGAGCCCUUGCUGGCAGAUUUUCGUUCAAGCGACCUGACUGGACAUUCUACACAUAUUUUUAUCAUCGCUUUGCCAGAAGUCACCCCGUCGCACUGUCGGCCAUUUUGGCAUGGACGUCAGCCAACCUUUUCUUCGUUGGACAGGUGACUUCACUGAACGAUGCAAUUGCCCACUAUGACGAUAGUAUGGCUUUGAUAUCAGAGAAAUAUGACAUCUCUCCAAAAUGCGAAUGGGGCGAUAGGACAGGCAAUUUAUCCCACUUUUCUUCCAAAACUGACGAUGAUCGGGAUGCCCUCUUCGUUGCAUGCUUCUUUCUCGCCCUCUUGGACCUAGCUUUGGCUCGAUCGCAGCCACUUAUGAUUACUAUUCGGUUCAUCGCUUCUAUUUUACAGACUCCGGAAUUCAAGGACAGGAUGACUGGGGUACAAGCGAGAGUACUGUCCUGGUUCUGUAUUCUUGAUGGAAAAGCCUCGGCAUUUCAGCCAGGCGAUGGCUUUAUCCUGCAGGCUAUCGGCAGUGAAGAGAAAAUUGUCGAAUUAGUACGCGUCUCGUCGACAACUCUGCAAGAUGCGUACAGUAUAACCUAUCCUGAAGAGGAACGGCAAUCGGACGAAAGGCAGCAUCCCCUUCUCGAGCUUAUGCUUCGACUAUCCUUUCUACUGCAUAUGAUCACCAGUAUCAAGAGCAACACUCCCGAUAGAAAUAUCGUGAAAGAUAUUCGCGACAAGCUGGAUUUGUAUUGUCAAGCCAUCGACCAAGAUAUUGCCUCGAGUUCACAGGAGGGACGAAAUCAGUGCACGAAUCUCGUUCUUCGUGCCCUCUACCACAGCGUUGAGAUAUCAUACUCCAGAUGUCUUGUUUAUAGCGAUAAAAGACACGCGGCGGACCGACAUGCUCGCGAUAUCAUUCGAAUGACCCAACAACUCAAAACGCUGCGGCCAUUGGGCUCGAAGAUGACGCCCCCACCUACAAAAUUCUGGCCAUUGCCACUCGUUAUGGCUGCAAUCGAAGUCGAAGAUCCAAUCUAUCGCGAAUGGGCCGUGAGAAUGCUGGCAGACUACGAAACGGUCGGAGGUGAUCAUUAUUCAUGGUCAAGAAAAUUUGUGGAAGCCAUGUGCGAAAGAGAAGAUCACUUCGCUCAACGUCUGGACUGGUCCUCGAUUUUGGCCGACAUCAAAGACGGCCUGGUCAUUUAA